AUGCGUUUCCAAAUCCUCGCCGCCGUUCCUCUUCUCUCUCUUGCCCUCGCGCAAUCAGCUACUGAAGCCGACUCCAUUACAUCCGCCGCAACUGUUCCUACCGCAACUGCAGCAGCCUACACUCCUGUACCUGAUAUCGGCGCAUACUCGCGUGCUGCCCAACAAGACGAAAUCGCACUCUCGCGUCUCUCCGCCCAACUAGCCACCGAAACCAACGCGGGUCAACAAACGCAACUCAACGCGCAAAUGUCACACUUAACCGUUCAACUCGGCGCUAUCAGUUCGCAAGCCGCACUUGCCAGUUCUGUCUCCACCGCCAACGCUGCUGGUGCUAGUUCCGAUGCUAUUUCGUACAUUGCCAGCUUGAAUGCGAUUGCGGCUACCGAGACCAAUAGUGCGAUAUUGAGCCAGUUGAGUGUGCAGAUUAGUCAGAUUAGUAGCCAGGCGGGUUUGCAGGCGCCGACAAGUAGUCUGACGGCAAAGGCCACGGGCAGUGUGAGUAUGAGUGUGGUUACGACGACGAAUAGUGAGGGGAGAACGGUCACUUCGACGGCGAGUGCAACGGCAAGGAGUGCGGCGAGUGGGAGCUCGAGUGCGGGUUCUUCGAGCAGUAAUGCGGGGGCGAUGGCUACUAGGGUUCCGGCUCUUGGGGCUGCGAUUUUGGGGGCCGCGGUUUAUUUGUUGUAG